CGCAAUCUGAGAUUCAGAGAGCCACCUGGUGCGUAUCCACACCCGUCUCACAUCGCCAUCCGUCCGUCCAUCCAUUCAUCAAGUCACCUUCUCCGGACUCUCACACGCACACACGGGCAACGGCAACGGAAGAGCCCGUUGGCAGAGGAAGAGUAAUCAAUAUACAGCCACAUCCAUCCAUCCAUCCAUGGGCUGGCGGAGAAUUGAGAGUAAUCUACAGGCAGGAAGGGGGAUCCCAAGCAAAGCCAGAAUGAGAGAGGGAGGGAGGGACGCCAUGAGCAGCAGCAAUAAAACGGAGGUCUGUCUGCCUGUCCGUCUGCAUGGGUAGCAAGCAAGCACCAAAGACCUCGCCCAUCCCAUCCGGUCUCUCCACUCUCACACCCAAAAACACCCAUCCCUCUCCCUCCCCUCCCCUCCCCCUCUCUCUGCCUCUCUAUUCAUUCAAAAGAAAGUUCGUUCGGCAACAGAGAGAGGGGAAUGAGUGCCAGCCGCCAUCGACAUCAGUACGAGCAAUAUCACGAACAAGAGAGUGAGUGGUAGUAACAAAUACGCCGUGCGUGCUGAGCUGGACCAUGCCAUCCCAUGCCAUGCAGUGCCGGGCAUAGACUGCCUUGCUGCUCUCACCACCUCAACGUGCAUUUCGCACGUCCGCGAGAGCAUCCGGCCGCCUGCCUGACCUCACCUGACCUCACCGCCAGGCUAGUCACUUGGCCCUCUAAUUUAGCUCUGUCGCUGACACGCCUACGCCACGUAGCAAAAACCCACUCAUAACAUGAUGUGGGCGACAGUGGCGGGUGGUCAGAGACAGAGAUGGGGAGAGCGAUCGAGGACGGGCGCCAAACUGGGCGCCGGACAGACAGACUGACUAGCCCAGCACACGGCUGGCCAACACGCCAUAGCCAUCCAGCAGCCAGCCAGCCAGCCAGUCAGCCAGCACGAAUGAACCCUCCCCUCCCUCCCUCCCCCGCGUGUGUCGUGGACCAACACACGCAUUGUCCCAUCCCUUUCUCCCUUCCUCUCUCCUCCCCUGUACAGCAGAGAGAGGCCCCCCACCCACCCCAACACGCCCACCCCAUACACACCCAUAUACACCCGACUGACAGAUCGACGAAAAAACGCCAACCAAUCUCACCCAGACUCUCACUGCACAACCGCCACCUGCACGGGCGCUCGCCUGAGCAGCUUCUCAGUGGCGAUGGACUGCCUGCCCGUUGGGAUGAAGGGCACUGACGGCUCCCUCGCCGGCAGGGGGAUGGCCGGCAGACCCGGCGACAGCUCGGGGGUCUCAUGUGUGUCGUGGUGCGACUCGACGUGGUAGACGUCGUUGUCGUUGACGGUGAGGGGGUUGGUGUAGUUGGACCACCGCAGCUUCUCUGAGAGGGGCUGCGCCGACUGGGCCGACGGCAGGAGGUGCCUGCCGAAGAAGUCGACGAUCUCGGGGUGGUACCGGGGGACGCGAUAGGCCUGCACGUGAGCCUGCUCGUGCCAGAACGUCUAAUAGAGAAUAGAGUGAGUGAGACAGACACAGCAAGGGAGGGGAGAGAAUGCAAUGCACACUGGGUCUGUCUGUAUGGUGUGGUGUGUGUGGGCGGCUGCUUUGUACCUGGUAUGGUGCGAGGUUCUGUUGUUCUGCGGGCGGUGUUUGUGUCCUGUUGCGCAUGACGGCCUGGUGGAUGACCUCGGCAUGCGAAAAGGGCACCAACAGGUCCGUCCGGCCGUGGGCAUGAUGCAGCGGGAUCUGCGUGGAAAAAUGAACCACAGGCAGCCAGACAGACAUGGGAUCGUGUGAAUGGAUGGUGGAUGGACUGAAUGGUCAUAAUACGUGUGAGUACCAACCUUGAUGUUGGAAAUGAUGUGCAGUGUGUUGACGGCGUCCACGUCGAAUGGCGCCACGACGCCGAUCCAGAACCAGAUGUACUGCAGCAACACCGGCGGCACCCACGAACCAAACUGACGCACACGACAUGGCAUGGCAGACAGCAUCCACAUCCACGGGAACCGUCGCGUUUCGGUCAUCUCUCUGUUUAUGUGAUGUGCCGUGCUUUCCUACCUUGAGAGUGAACCAGCUUUCGAAGGCCCACUGGGCCAAGGCGAAUGGCGAAUCAACCACCAGCGCCCUGCACAUCAGCCAACCAGCAACCAUGACAACAGGCGGCCACCCUUCCCUCCCUCCCUCCCUCCCUCCCUCGCUGCCUCUUACUUGACUCGAUCUCCGUGAGGGUUCCUGGGGAAGUUGUGUGCCGUCGCGAAGAGGGAGGCCACGCCGCCCAUCGACUCGCCAAAGAUGCCAAUGUUCUCACACUGUUUCUCUCGGGCGAGGAACCUGACAGCGGCCGUGACGUCGUGGCUCUCCUCGAAGCCCAAAGACACAUAUGGCGUGUCGCCGCUGCGGCCGUGGUUGCGCAUGUCGACCGUCAACACGUGGAAGCCGGCCUGCACACAAAAUGGUUAAAUGGAUGGAUUAGCGCACAAGACGGUGGGUGCAUUUGCAAUAGGUACCGUACCUGCCACAGCGGCGCGACUGCCUUGGACAGGACUGACUUUGUGCGUGUCCUUUUGUUGCUGCUCCAGAGGUCACGGGCCAUGUUCUGCCCAUGGCCGUGGAUCACCGCCACACACGCCUUCGGACCUUCCAGAGGGGCAUUCGGCGACAUAAAAUACCACCCUGAUCAAAGAGAGCAGAGAGCAGAGAGGUAUCACAUCACAUGCACGUGCGCCCAAGCAUGUUGCUCACUCACCGGCCAGAUUGAUGGCCUCAUCGACUUCAGGGCUCCUAACGCUGACGACAGUCACAUUCUCCCAGUGAGCUAUCCCACACGACGCCAACGGAUCACUGCACGCAGCAGCAGCAGCAUAUACACACCCACCCACACCAACCAGUGCAGUGCCGUCCGCUUCUUUCUCGCAUCGCCUUCCUUGCCCUGCCUGCGCCCUCCCUCCUUCUCUCUGACUGACGUGUUGUAAGGUUUGUGUCUUGACUGGUACAGCAGCAAGCAGGCCGGGGCGAAGCCCACCAGGACAGAGAACACAGCAAGAGCGAUGGCGAAGCAGACCACCACCCAGUCGGUGUAGAACUGCUCGCCCUUCUUACGACGCAGUCGAGGACGCCGCCAGCGCAGCCUCGCCACACCCUUGAGUGGCGUGCGGCUGGUUGUUGACGACGUCGGCACAUCUGAUGCCGACGCCGACGCCGACGUGUAAUCGGACGCCUCGUCUGUCGUGGAGGUCAUAGUUGAGUCCACACAGGCAGAGGCAGACCGCUUUUUCAUUCGAACACGAUCGCACCAGAUUG